AUAAUAUUUAUCUAAUUACUUAAAGUGGCUGUUUAUGUUAUUGUGGUGUCGCAUUUUAUUCUUAAGUGCCUCAGGCCACUAAAUCCCUAAGUCAAUCAAUUCACCCCUCAACAUCCAUCUUACAACACUCUGAGAUGCUUUGAUAAGGACCAUGACCGAGCAGAACGAUGAGCUCGCCGAAGAGAUCGAGGCGAUCAACGCCAUAUACGAGCCCGAAACGGUCUCUAUAAGCACCAGCAGCCGCUCUGCCACGUCCUCGACGCUCGACCUGGCUGCUGCGAGCCCCGCGGCGCAACAGAUAACGACUGUCACACUGCACAUCCCCGAGCACCCCAACCUGUCGUUUUUGAUCGGCUUCGACGCGAGGUACCCAGACACCCCGCCACGGGUUGUCGGAACCGCAUCCACAGCUUCUCGCGGACAGGGCAAAAUCGCCGUCGAGGCGCUGGAGGAGAUUGUCGCCCGGGUUCAUCAGCCUGGCGCCGUAUGCUUGUUCGAGGUGAUCAACGAAGCGGUCGAAGCGUUCCACCAGUUGGAGUUAGACAAGAGGGAAGAAAACCAGAAUGACCAUCAUCAUGGUGACUUCCCGGCUACAUCAGAUGAACCACUUACAGCAGAUUUCGCCGCCUUGUCCCUCCGGGAGGCAUUUGGCCUCGACCACCCCCCGGAAUGGAUCCUAUCAGAGGUCGUGACGGAGAAGAAGUCGAUCUUCGUCGGGCGCGCUGCACAUGUAACCAGUGUUGAGCAGGCGCGCGGGUUCAUCGACCACCUGCUUGCGACGGAGAAGAAGGUCGCCGCCGCGACGCACAACAUCAGCGCAUGGCGGAUCCGCCAGCAAUCGGCUACGAACGGGGAGAGAGUCUUUCAGGACUGCGACGACGAUGGUGAGACAGCCGCUGGCGGUCGACUGUUGCAUCUGAUGCAGCUGAUGGAUGUCUGGGACGUGGUGGUUGUCGUGACGCGCUGGUACGGCGGCGUCCUACUGGGACCAGAUCGGUUCCGCAUCAUCAACGCGGUCGGGCGUGACGCCUUGGCUAGAGGAGGAUUUGCGAGAGAGGAGGCCACUUCAACCGAGAAGGGGAAGAAGAAAGGCAAGAAAUGACCAGUGAUCCCUGAAUCAAGGACCCGAUCCUUUUGUGGUUUCAGAGCCAUCGCCAAUGACUACGCUUUGACAGGAAGAACCUCAUAUUGGGAAUCUAUCCAGGUAGAUAUGAUCCAUCUGUCUAUACAUACAACUCAUAAAAAAUAGAAAUUUAUCUCCAGUAAAG